AUGGAGCUUUCGAACAGUUUAUAUGUUCGAAGACAUAAUCCAUUUAUGUUCAGUACGACAGUGAGAAACAAUAUAACUGAAUGUGAAAAAAUAGUCAAUGCAGCUCAAUUGGAAAUUGAUUUAGCAAAUAAAAAGUUACCUCAAUUUUCCUUCUACACACCAAACAAUAAAAAUAAUGCUCACGAUACUGAUCUCAAUUAUGCAGGAAAUUAUUUACAAAAUUGGUUGAAUAUUCAUUUAAACAAUCCUGCUUUUAUGAAUGGAACAUUAUUAAUUGUAACUUUUGAUGAAGAUAAUAAUAAUGCCGAUCGAACUAAUCAUAUACCAGCGUUUAUGUGGGGAACAGAUUAUUUACAUUCUGGAGUCAAUAUAUCAGGAACAUUCAAUCAUUACUCACUUCCAAAACUGUUAGAAGAGAAUUGGGGAUUGGGUAGUUUAGGUCGUAACGAUGUCACAGCGCCUUCACUAAUGGACAUUUGGCGACCGACUGUAAAUUCGAACAAUGCAAGUAUUGAUACAACUGUCACUGGUAAAGCUAGUCGUAAUGCCAUCAUUCGAAAGCUACCCGUCGUUAUUUGUUAUCUAUUGAUUGUUAUAAAUAGUCAAUUUCUUCAUCCGUUGCUUGAAGGUUUUCCAUUAGGUAGCUUUUCAUCACAUCAAUCAUCCAAACGUUGGAUCUAA